UCAUCGACUGGAACUAUGCCGUACUAUACGAGGAACGAAGACAACGUCUAUGAAUUCGUCGAGCAUAAUCCGACUCCAUACAAAGGCGGAUACGACAUAGCUUUGACUUAUGGACGUCCCCUCCCACCGUCUGAGGAGACCUGCUAUCCACAUAGCUCAUCCGCCAAUGAUAUCGAUUACGAUAGACCCCAUUUUACUUCCUAUGCAGAGCCCUCCGCCUACGCCGAUGACCAUCUCCAGGAAGAGUACACUAGCUAUGUCCGUCCCAAGCCCCGACCUGGUCCUGCAGCUGGAGGGAAAGUGUUCGUUGAUGCUAAGCCUAAGCCUGCUUUUGGGUUCCAACCUGGAAAGAUAAGGCCUGGGUCCGAUUAUGGAUCUGGUGGCUAUGGUGGAAGGCCUGAGUAUAAGAAGCCAGCUAGCCAGGAAUAUGGGUCUGGGUACGGCGGGAGAACCGAUUAUGAGAGGCCGAGUUAUGGAGAUGACCCGCCCAGGAGGCCUAGUUAUGGGAGGCAAGAAGAGGAGUAUGAGAGGCCAACUUAUGAAAGACGCGACGACGACGAUGAUGAGUCUCGCAACAAGUAUGGUUAUGGUGGCGAAGAGGGUUAUAGCCGCAAGAAAUAUGGAGAUGAUGAAUCUACUGAUAGUUCUGAUGAUGAUUCCGAUGAUGAAAGGAAGAAGCAUCGUAGCAACAAGCGCCACCACUGCAAGAAGAAGGAUUCAAAGUUUAUUCAAAAGGUGGUUGAUUCUUGGAUUAUCUCAAUGGUGUUUGAUUUGACAAAAGGAAACCAAAACGCCGCGUUUCCAGAUGUAAACGCUAUAAACGGCCAGCCCCCGAUUUUCAUUCAUCUCUCUUGUUUUGCGGAGGAAAGAUCGACAACUGAAACUAUGCCGUACUAUUCGAGGAACGAAGACGACGUCAAUGAUUUCGACGAGUAUGAUCCGACUCCAUAUGGAGGCGGGUACGACCUAGCCUUGACUUAUGGACGUCCCCUCCCACCGUCUGAGGAGACCUGUUAUCCAAACAGCUCAUCCGCCGAUGAGAUCGACUACGAUAGACCCCAUUUCACUUCCUAUGCGGAGCCCUCCGCCUACGCCGAUGAGCAUCUCCAGGAAGAGUACACUAGCUAUGCCCGUCCCAAGCCCCGACCUGGUCCUGCUCAUGGCUUCACUCCUGGCUAUGCAGCCGGAGGGGAAGUGUUUGUUGAUGCUAAGCCUGAGCCUGCUUAUGGGUUCCAACCUGGGCCUGGGUCCGAUUAUGGAUCUGGUGGCUAUGGUGGAAGGCCCGAGUAUGAGAAGCCACCUAGCCAAGAAUAUGGGUCUGGGUACGGCCAGAGGCCAGAAUCGGAAUACGGAUCUGGUGGAUAUGGCGGGAGGACCGAGUACGAGAAGCCAGCCAGCGAAGAAUACGGAUCGGGCUAUGGCGUAAGGCCAGAAUCGGAAUACGGAUCUGGUGGAUAUGGCGGCAAGACUGAGUAUGGAAGGCCAACCAGCGAGGAAUACGGAUCAGGCUAUGGCCGGAGACCAGAAUAUGGAUCUGGGUACGGCGGGAGAACUGACUAUGAGAGGCCAUCCGGUGGGGAGUAUGGAUCUGGCUAUGGCAGGAGACCUGAAUCAGAAUAUGGAACUGGGAGAACCGAUUACGAGAGGCCACCCGGUGGGGAGUAUGGAUCCGGCUAUGGCAAGAGACCUGAAUCUGGGUAUGGGGGGAGUACUGAGUAUGAGAGACCCAGUUCGGAAUAUGAUUCUGGAUAUGGGGGCAGGACGGAGUAUGGAUCAGGGCAUGAAAGGAGGAAUGAGUCCGAAUAUGAAGGUGGUGGGUAUGGGCGCAAGCCAAGUUACGGGGAGGAACGAGGUUAUGGAGAGAGGACUGAGUAUGAGAGGCCGAGUUAUGGAGAUGAGCCGCCCAGGAGGCCUAGUUAUGGGAGGCAAGAAGAGGAGUAUGAGAGGCCAACUUAUGAGAGACGCGAUGAUGAUGAUGAUGAUGAGUCUCGCAACAAGUAUGGUUAUGGUGGCGAAGAGGGUCAUAGCCGCAAGAAAUAUGGAGAUGAUGAUGAUGACUCUGGUGAUGAAGAGAAGCGUAAUCGCUACAAGCACCACCACCACAAGAAGCAUUAUGAUGAUGAGUGAUGCAGCCUUUGUCAAUGGACGCAUGCCCAUUAUUGGCUACUAAAUAAAGGAUGGAGGCAUGUUUCCUGUUUGAUAGUCGUUCUGUUUUGUGUAAGAGCUCGUUGUGAACCUGUGUGCUUUCCCUAGUGUGAAGGAUCAUGUGUUAGUAUUCAUGCUGUCAUUACCUACUAGUGCAUGUUUCCUUUAAUGGUGCUUCCGUUGUGCGAUGUGCGUGAACAUGUUACUGGGUAAUUUUGUUUGUCCUCCUAAAUAAAAUCUUGAACUCUUGAGUUUGGAAUGGUUCUUA